ACUCCUUCAGUGUGAGACCCGCGGGAGAUGGGUAACGCACCCUUGUGAAGCCAGGCGGACUCCUAUUACAAAAGUAUGCUUUAUAAAGAGGAUAAACUGGAAAUAUAUAUUUCACGGCUACAUAACUGUUGGAUGCAGUUAAUGUCGACAUAAGAGAGGAUUAAAAGCCAUCACCAAAUCAAAAGGUCUCGCGCAUUGAACCACCGCAACUGAUGCGUGGCAGAAGUUCACUUUACUGCUCUGGAUCAUUGUAGAAAUCGCCAAAAUGAAAAUAACAUUCAGCUUUGUUGUUGUCAGUGCUGGUUUCGCUGGCAUUUUAAGCUUCAGCUUUCUAGCACUUGCUAUAGGGAGUGAGUAUUGGUAUAUCAUUGACGACAACAGACCCAACUACACAGAAGAUUCUCAUUCUGGACUCUGGCGAACCUAUGAAGGGGACAAUGUCUACUCAUUCACUGCAAAUACAGAAUCCUACACGGACUUAGAGAAUCACAUGUACAACCUGCACACGGUGAUUGCGGUGCUGCUGCCGCUGAGUCUGGUGAUGCUGGUGUUUGGGGGGAUCUGUGGACUGGUCAGCUCACUGGCCAAGAGCUCUUCUCUCCUCCUGGGCACUGCAUCGUACAUACUCCUCAGCAGUCUGCUGACACUGUCCGGCGUGUGCCUGUACAUCAGCUACUCCCAGCAGGCAUGGCAGGAGACAGAGCGGCGCAUGGGUGCCGAGCAGAUGGCUCAGGUGCACACGUCCUUCGGCUGGUCUCUGGGCAUGGCCUGGCUCUCCUUCAUCCUGGAGGUGCUCUCCUCGCUCCUCCUCUUCCUCGCCUCGCGCAUGGUCGGCCCACACUAACACACUGGUCUGCCAUACCCCUCACUGAGAUGCAAAGAACAAAGACUGCACUAAAGAGAUCCCAUCAGCACACCGCAACAUCUCACACACAAAUACCUCAGGAGGUGGCAGUGACCGAAUGAGAGAAGGAGUUGUUUGAAAGAGUUCAAAAGUGUUGUACUGUUUUCGUGAAACUCGAUUUCGACUGUGGAACAGACUCAAAUCAGAAAUAAAAGGCACAGAGGAGGUAGUUAGCACCAGUCACCCAUUUCCUGGAAAUGCUGGACCAGGGUAUUUAUCAUGUGUUUUGUCACCUGGAGAUUAAUUGGAGGGUUGAGGUUUUUUGAAUUGAUUAGUUAGCUUUAGACUGCUCUGUUGUGCUUGUUUUAUAACAGAUAGCAUUUGUUUCAUUGCUCCUUGAAUGUGUUUUUUUGUCGAAUCCAUCGACCAUCAAGUAGGCUUAUUAUGCCUCUUCUCUGUGCAAUGUCAACUUACUGUAAUGCUUUGCUGUGCUUCAUUUCAUGUGACGACAGUAAGGAAAAUUGAGUCUUUCUGUAAUUUUUGGAGUAUUUCACGUCUUUGUCAAAGUGCCUGUGUGGGAAGUGAAAACACUUUGCUUUAUAAUCCACAGCGGUGAGAACAUUAAUUGCAGCACUGAUGAGUACCUUUCAAGUGGCAGUGAAAUGGGAAGGCACUAGAAUGAGGAGAACCCGGUUAUCAGCCAGUCAGCCCUUACAUGAAAAUGUAUUUUUAAUGGCUUUUAAGUCACUGCACUGCUGUAAAGAUUUUACAAAGGUAAAUGUGCCCGUUAUAGUAUACAAGGCAUUUCUUUUUGUUCAACAAAUUAAUUAUGGUUAAUGAAAAAUAAUAAUAUUUCAGAAGGAAUGUUGUCUAAUUUCUCUGAAGACAAAUUAGGUGUAGGCAGAAAUGAAAUCCUGAUUUGUUUUUUUUUAGGUAGAAUGGAAAGCCUAUAGGAUUGAGGCCAAAUAUUUUUCUUCUCUCAGGCAGCAGGUUUGAGGGGGUCUAUGGCCUUUGAUGUUUUCCUAGAACAGGAAAAAUAGUCCUUGAGCCACAGGCCCAAAAAGGGGCGUGUCACUAUCACUUGGGGGGGCAAAUUCUCACUAUAUUUUUCUGAAAGCUACAUAUCUCUGGAGUAUAAAAUGGUAUGAUAGCAAG